AUACGGAAAAUGAAUGCAAACUAUACUCACAAGAAUGAGUUGGCGAUGGCCUGGAAUAACCUGAGUUGUGUCCACCCGGCCCUGUGUUACGGCAAAAACAAGACAAUCCUGUAUUCACUUAGCGGUCAAAUCAAUUUCCAUACAUUGACGGCACUAAUGGGUCCGUCGGGUGCGGGAAAGACCACACUUUUGAAGUGCGUUAAUAUGCGUUCAAACUCUGGCCUCACGGCUGACACACAGAUGUUUGUCAACAAAUACACGGAUUUGAGGACUUGUUUUAUAAUGCAAUCAUCCGAUGAACAUCUUUUCAUGGGUUUAACCGUCAGAGAAUCGCUAUUAUUUGCGUCAAAAAUCAAGAAUUACGGCAAAACGCGGACCAAAUUUAGGGACAGUUACGCUCAGACGGGAAGUUCAUUGCUAUGUCUGGAGUUGUGGCCGGAAAACGAGUCGGAGAUCAGCGGCUCGUCGUUCACCGAUUGCGGCGAUCCCUGCGAUAAGAAGGGGUCCUUUGAUCACGACUUAAAUGUGCGGCGAAUACUAUCGGAACUGCUUCUGGAGGACUGCGCCGGCAAUAGUGUCCAGACAUGCAGUGGUGGCGAACAGAAGCGCCUAUCAGUUGGUCUGGAAUUAGUUCAACAAAAUAAACCAAAUCUCUUGUGUAUAGACGAGCCGACCAGUGGUCUGGACAGCAAUGCCUCAGAAAUGAGUAACCAGAUCUAA